AUGUACCCUCAAUAGUCCUCUUUAGCAAGAUUACAGAGGGAACACCGUUUGAUACCUGUGGUGUUGUAUUCUCCGUAAAAAGAGAAUUUGCAGAGAUUACUGCCUCGAUAUCCUGAGAGCGUGGAUGUAGGCAUCACUAGCAGUAAGUAUUAGGGGAAUGUAUCAUUGCCUGCUUUGCCUCCACUGAAAAAGUUGAAUAAGAUAGAGUAGACAGUAUAGAUUUAUAAGGGGAAAGUGAACAAAUUGCCCUCUUUGCAAUUGAGUGAUCAAUAUUUGCAAAGGAAAAAACAGAUAUCAGAAACUGAUGGGAUGAGAAAAUCGAUCACGCCAGAGAGGAGACAAGGAAAAAGGAGUUCAGUUUAAUUUGCAAUGAGAACUAAGGCAGGAUGUUAGCCUAACAAGGUGACAAAAAUAAAUCAGGAUGCAGCUAUAUUGUGUCCAAAGAAUUUAGAAAAGUUUAAAAUGUUCUUAUCAGUAGUAUGGGCUAUAAGUUCUUUGCUGUUUGCGACGGACAUGGAUAAUAUGGUCACAUGGUUUCCAAUUAGAUCAAAUAAUAAUUGCCCAAGCAUCUAGGAAAACUAUUGAAAGAAGUGGGCAACCUGGAGAGCAACAUCUUCAAGGCUUUCGAAAUAACAAACAACGAAUUGUGCCAUUCGGAAAUUGAUACCAAUUUGUCUGGAUCUACAACUGUAUCUUUGCUCAUGAUCAAGGACAUAGUAUAUUCCUCAAAUCAAAUAGAUUUACUCUGCGAAUGUCGGGGAUUCCAGAGCAAUCAUGUGUAGAUUCGAUGAUGGGUGGAAAGUAGUGGAAUUGAGUCGAGAUCACAAGCCAGAUGAUCCGCAAGAAAAAAUAAGGAUCUUGGAUGCAGGAGGAAGAGUCGAAUAAUAGAAGGGUUGUGAAUCUAUUGUUACAUCUAGAUUACCAUGGCAACGGCAUUGGACCAUUUAGAGUGUGGCUGUCUUACAUCCAGGCUCCUGGGUUGGCUAUGACUAGGUCAUUUGGGGACAAAGUUGGUGCUUAAGCUGGAGUUAUUGCUGAACCUGAAAUCUAAAGGUUCUCUGUUAGUGCCUAGGAUCAAUUCAUAGUUGUUGCGUCGGAUGGAGUGUGGGAGUAUAUGAGUAAUGAAGAGGUACAUUGGCAAUCAAUUAGGUGAUGAGUGUUGUGAUUCCAUUUUUGGACAAAGAUAAUCCUGAAUAAGCAGCUGAACGCAUUGUAAUUGAAGCCACGCAGGCAUGGAGAAGAGUAAUUGUUUUUUACUUAUUUGCAGAACAGUUUAGCAAGGGACGAUAUUACUUGUAUAGUUAUAUUCUUAUAAAAAUGA